AUGCAGUCCGGAAUCACAGGUAAGGGAUCAGCACACCAGGACCUCAACCCAUUCAACCCCUGGAACCAACUAACAACCCACCCAGUCUCCUCGGAGCUGCAAGAUGCAUUCGCCCGCUUCAACUCCGACUCCUCAAGCUUCUGUCUGCCAGUCACCAUUACAGCAGAGACCCUAACGCCGCUGCCCGCAAUUUCCUUCCAAGGAAGCCUCUCAGCAGACGCCUUCGUCUCGGCCCUCCCCCAGCUGUCCUCCGUCCUCCAGCCCAAAACCCCCAUCUACCUUCUUCUCCGCCGGACUAAGUCUGGCUCGACCUCGCUCAUCGCUCUGACCUACAUCCCGUCCAAUGCCCCCGUGCGAGCAAAGACGCUCUUUGCCUCCACUCGGUCGACUUUGACCCGUGAGCUGGGCACGGAGAAGUUCGCUUCUACGGUCUUUGCUACCGAGGAAGAUGAGAUUCUGGAUCGGGAGGCGUGGCGUGAGCGCGACGGUGAGGGCCCGAAUGCCAUCUCUCGUGAAGACAUGAUGGGCGAGAAGGAGAGGGAGCUGGAGGCUGUGCGGAGGGCCGAGGCCGAGGCACGGAACGGUACAACCGGGAGGGAUAUUGGUAUCGGAGGUACUUUUGGACACGGCUCGGGUUCUGGAAUGAGGGUUUCUAUGCCAGUUGAUGAUGCGGCCAAGGCUGCUUUGAGGGAUCUACAGGACGGCGGUUUGGUGCAGCUGACUGUUGAUAUUCCCACGGAGAAGAUCGUGUUGGCCGACUCCCAGUCUGGGGUCGAGGCGAACUCUGUCGCUACACACAUUUCCUCCUCUUCGCCGCGGUACUCCUUCUACCACUACCCCGGAUCCGAUGUUGUGAUUUUCGUGUACACCUGUCCCACGGGAUCGUCGAUCAAGGAGCGCAUGCUGCACGCCAGCUCGCGGAGGAAUGCAAUCACGGUUGCCGAACAGGAAGGACUCAAGAUCGAGAAAAAGAUUGAGGCCUCUGGCCCUGACGAGAUCACCGCUGAUCGGUUGCAAGAAGAAGUCACCCCGGCUCGAGACCAGGCUACGGCACGAGGAUUCGCCAGACCUCGCCGCCCCGGCCGGUAA